AUGUCUGUGUCCAGCACCCAUGAUCGCCAUACCCCAGGCGAUGCUCCAUCAUCAGUAUCAGAGAAGGGCAGUCCCCUUGGCGAAACCCCCACCAAUCACAGCGUGGUCUUGAAUGAGAUUGGCGAGGAGCCCAGACCCCGCCUUCACACCAAGACAUUCCUGGCCGUCUUCGCCGUGUUUGCCAUAUAUUUCGCCCAAGUAUAUUGCCUGGUCGGAGCCGGAGCUCAAGGCGCGGCGAUCGCGGCACAGUUCAAUGCUGUGACCCAGUCGUCAUGGCUCGCCGGGGCGAUGGCCAUCUUCACCGUCGUGCUUGGGCCCAUAGUCAGCCAGGCUGCCGACUACUGGGGCCGCAAGUGGUUCCUCGUCGGGCUGAGCUUCUCGGGCGCCCUCGGGGCGCUGGUCACGGCCCUCGCCACCAGCAUGAACAUGCUCAUCGCCGGCUGCUGCCUCAUCGGGACCGCAUUUGGUAUGCAGCCGCUGCUGCACGCGGUCGUGUCCGAGGUUCUGCCCCGGGCGUGGAGGGGCUGGGCCCAGUCAAUCGUCAUGAUGUCCAACGCCCUGGGACUCUUUGGCGGCCUAGUCAUCGGCGGCGGCCUCAGCCGUGGCGGCGACCCGGACGGCUUCCGCUACUUCUUCUACAUCGGCAUGGCCCUCUUCCUCGCCACCGGCACCAUCUGCAUCUUUGCCUACCGCCCACCCCAGAGGGAGCUGCAGAAGCUUCCGUUCGCGGAAAAGAUGGCGAGGCUCGACUUUGUCGGCUAUGCGCUCCUCGGAUCUGGCCUCGUCCUGUUCUGCCUCGGGCUCUCGUACUCCCAGAACCCGUAUCCCUGGUCUGACCCGCACGUUUGUGCUCCGUUCGCCAUCGGGCUGGCUCUUGCGAUCGCCCUGUGCGUGUAUGAGUAUAAGUUCAAGACGGACGGCAUGUUCCAUCAUGGGCUGUUCGAGAGAAACCGGAACUUUGCCAUAAGUCUCCUCUGUAUAUUCUGUGAGGGGAUCGGUUUCUUCGCCGCAAACCAAUACUUCGCCUACCAAGUCAAUGUCCUAUACUCCACAGACACACUGAUCGUGGGGCUUAACUUUGGGGUCGUGUUCCUUACGUAUAUCCCCGCAAGCCUGGCAGUUGGUCUUUACUGCACCAAGACGAAGAAAGUGCGCUGGAUCACCGUCCUCGCAUUUGUCAUCUUCAUCGUGUUCUUCGCGUGCAUGAGCACAACAAAUGCUCAUACAAGGAACGAAGUCUGGGGCUUCCCCGUUCUUAUGGGAGCCGGGCUGAGCAUGACGUUGAUCGCGCUGGUUGCGGCUGGACAGCUCUCCGUACCGCCUGACCUAAUCGCUGUCGCCAGCGGUAUAAUGAUCUCCAUGCGGUCUCUUGGCGGGACGAUUGGCAUUGCUAUCUACAACGCCGUCUUCAUAUCCGAGACCAAUCACAUCCCUAGCAACGUCGCGUCUGCCGCGCUGGAGGCCGGCCUCCCGUCAGGUUCGGUAGACGAGUUCGUCGGCUACAUGGUCGCGCACAACGAGACUGGCCUCGCGACCAUCUCUGAUGCCACAGCCGAUAUCAUCUCCGCUGGUGCCGAGGCCCUUCUGGACACCUACGCCGCGGCGUUCCGACUCGUUUGGCUCACCGCGAUUCCCUUUCUGGGCAUCGCUGCUAUCUCGGCCGUUUUCCUUUUCGAUCCUACUGAGGACUUCAACAACCACAUUGAUGCUCCGGUAGAGGACCGAACCGAACUCUACUCGAAGUGA